UGGAGCAUGCGCGGAGAGGCGGCGAGGGAGCGCCGGGCGUGGGUGCCCCGGUGGGCGCCCCCGCUUAGCCGCCGCGGGCUUCCAGGGCUCCCGCCGGUUCGGGGAAGGCGACCGGAGCUGCCAGGGGAGGAGACAGAACUCGGGCUCAAGGCCCGGGUUUCGGGACAGCGCUGCGACCUGAAAGCGGGGCCGCCCCCGGGUCGGAGGGGGUACACGGCGCUUGCGCACGGGAACCCUCGCACCUGGGCCGCCUGGCGCUGCCCGCCGGCCUGGGCUUGUCCGGCAGGUGAUGGCGCAGGACCAGCCUCUGCUCGCCGUGCGGGAGGCCCUGAGGGGCUGCUUCCCCGCCGUGCAGGAGCAGCAGCGCCGCUGGCGGGGCGCGCUCGGGGACUGCCAGCCCCUGCUGGCCGCGCUCGGCAGCCUGGCGGAGCAGCUGCAGGCGGCUCAGGUCGCGCGGCUGGACGACGCGCCCCCGCUUCGGGCCUUCCCGGGCCUGCGGGAGCGGCUGCGGCGCAAGCAGCUGGAGGCUGGCGACGACGUGUUGGACAAGCUAGGGGAGACGCUAGCUACCCUCCUCAAGGUGCGUGACGUUGUCAGCAGGCACGUGGAACAAGUGUUUGAGGUCUAUGAGCAGCACGCAGACGCGAUUGGCAUUGAUGCUGUCCAGCGGGCUUCAGCGGUGAGCCCCUCUGUGGCUGACAUGUUGGAGUGGUUGCAGGAUAUUGAGAGACACUAUCGAAAUGCUUACCUGAAGAGAAAGUACCUUCUGUCCUCGAUCCAGUGGGGAGACUUGGCAAACAUCCAAGCUUUGCCCAAGGCCUGGGACCAAAUUUCAGAAGAUGAGCACCAAAGCCUUGUACAAGAUACCCUGUUGAAUGUUUCCUUUUUCCUGGAAGAGUAAGAAAGCUGUGUGUUUAUCAGCAGACAAGGGGGACGCAGCUGAAGACUGACAUUGGUGCUUUCUAGUGUGGUGACCUGACAUACUUGAAAAAUCAGUGCCUAGGGCAGCCCGAAUGGCUCAGCGGUUUAGCAGCACCUUCAGCCCAGGGCGUGAUCCUGGAGACCCGGGUUCCAGUCCCACAUCGGGCUCCCUGUAGGGAGCCUGCUUCUCCCUCUGCCUGUAUCUCUGCCUCUUUCUCUGUGUCUCUCAUGAAUAAAUAAAUAAAGCCUUAAAAAAAGAAAAGAAAAAUCAGUGCCUAGAGCCUGAGGACAGGCUUCUGAUGUUGGGACCUCUCCCUGCGACAUCAUGGCUGAGGGCACAUGGGCCACCGCUUGGCCUUUCAUAAGCUUGGGAAUGGAAGGAGGCAGAGAGAAUGGGGGAAAGCAGUGCAGAACACUGGGGCAGGAGCCGCUGCCACAGAAGCAGUGGGGAGGGAGAGGGGAGGGAGUGUGGCCUCGCCCUCGGCAUCAUCCAAAGCUCUGAGCUUGGUUGACACCUGGCCCUGUUCCGUGUAUUUGGGUCAGUACCUGAUUCCUUGAUGGAACAGGAUUCUUCUUGAUUUAAAGAAGUAAAGGUGAUAUUGAUGGAAGACAGUACAGAUCUUUCUCGAUGGGUUACCUCCUGAUAAUCCCAUCAUAAGUUGAAAAUAUCGGAAGUCAGAAAUGCUCUUAAUACACCUAACCUACCAAACCGGUGCCCAAGCACUCACACUAGCCUACAGUUGGGCAAAAAUCAUCUACCACAAACUUACAAUGAAAUGUUGAAUAUCUUCUGUAAUUGGUUGAAAAACAGAAUAGCUGUACGGGCACAGAAUGGCUGUAGGUUGUUUGCCCCUGUGAUCUCUGGGCUGACUGAGCUGUGGCAUGCUGCCGCCGCCCAGCAUCACAAGCAUGCCGCAAGUUGCCAGCCCAGGGAGAGAGCCACAUUCAAAAUGUGUAGGACGGUUUCUGGUGGACACGUGUGGCGUUUUGCACCAUCCCAUCGUAAGAGUCGAAAAACCGCAAGUCAAAGCGUCGUACCUCCCAGAGUGUCCCUGUUCCCUAACUGCUGUAGCUCCUCACUGUCCGGACAGCUCCAGUUUCUAGAGCCACCACCAGGGGGAGGUGGUGCAGCAUGAAUUAUGCUCAGGGCUCCGACUUUGAGGAGUUCUCUUGUCCCCCUGUCCCAGUUAGUAGCUGGGGAGAGCAAGAUGGUUACAAUGACAGGGGUUUUGACCAAAGCUGGCGCCUGAUUCACCACAUUGUUUUGAUCUGAGAGUAGCUCCACGGUGGGAGAAGACCUCCCCGAAUCAGGCCCUGGGGGUUACAUUUCUGAAGCCCAUUGCCUUCAUCUGUAAAAUGGUCGGGUAUUUCCAGACCUAUCAGCUUCGGGGGUUGUGGAAAAAUCUGGGUCACUGAAUGUAAAGAGGCUUAAUAAAGAGUAUAGAUAUUUUUAAAAUGAAAA